GGACUACAUAGACCAUGAGGUGGGGCGUGGAUUCCAGGGCGCCAUCUAUGAGGACCCGGUGGCCCUGGGGCAUUUUGCCACUGCACUGACUGGGCAGGUGGCGGUCAUCGCCCUCUGCGCUCUGCUGCUGAAGACCCGGCAGGCGGGGCUGCUCUGCGCCCCCCUCCUCCCGCUGGCUGCCCAGCUGUGCCGCCUCCCUCCCCAGGCUCUGCCCACCGUCAGCUCCUGCGGGGCGGCCCUGGCGGCCCUGCAGCUCCUCCACGCGGCCGCUUCCUCCCUCCUGGGGCUUCUCCGCGGGGCUGUGCGCGGCUGCCGAGAGAUCCUGCAGGACCCGGAGGCCGAUCGGCUGGUGACCCUGGCCGGGUCCCUCUGGAGGCGGCUGGCUCUGCCGGUGGUCUUCUGCUCCUUCUGGCUGGUCCUCUUCGUCCUGCAGAUCUUCAGCCUGGCCUCCUCCUCCUCCUCCUCCGGCCCCCUUCGGCCCCAGCAGGGCUGCCUCUUCCUCCUCCUCAGCAGCGUGGCCAGGUGCUGCAGCUCCCCCUACUCCCUCCUCGGACUCACCUGUGCCGUCUCUUACCUGGCCUUGGGGUUCCUCCAGCUGACCAGGCUCUAUUUAAGUGGCUGCGGAGGCCUCCAGGAUGACAGCGUCACCCACAG